AUGCCACAUCGACGUCUACGCGAUGCAGCUCCAGCCGAACGAGAUACCUACCAUGCAAAGGAAGGUGCUGAUGAACCACACAUUGCGUGCAUUCAACAGCUCCCAGCUCCCUUACAGCGUUACCUGCAGCCCUUUGACGCUUCGAUUGGCGAGCUCACAGAUGCAUACAACUUCAAGCAUAUGUCGGACUUGAUAAGCUAUCUCAAAAGUAAGGUGCUUGAGCAGAAGCGGCUGCUCAGCCUCCUCAAGAACGAUUUUGACAGGGAAUUGGCUGCAGUACGCAAGGAGAACCUCGCUUUGAAAGCAGACGUCCAAGCAUUGAGGUCGCGUCCUCUGAAAGUUGAGGCUGACAUCACUUGCAACGAAUCGCCACCUCUGACGCAAACAUCGACAGGCGGAUCGGAGAUCUUUGCCUUCAAGCCACCGCCUCUCCCUUUCCGAGCUAUCUCCCCUAAAACCUUUAUGGCAAGGGCUUCAAUCAGAGAUUCUCCCCGAAUGCAGCCAGGCUCACUGCCCAGUUCUCAUUCACACCUUCGUACUCCAUCCAAUCCUCAAGAGCGAUUCAAGCGCGUGUCCCAGAGUCCCCUUCAACGGCACGUAGCACACGGAACACAUAGCUACCAAUAUGCACAGCCAUCCAGCAGGACGGCCGUGUCCUUGUUUCAAAGUCCACGCUCCACACCCUCGUUAGCUCGGACCGAAGAUCAGCCGCCACAACGGGCUCAGACGCAUUCCUGGCAUUCAGCCGCCGCCGCUGGUCCCACUCAGCAAUGA